CUGGCAACGUAUUUCCAAAACGAUCGACACAUUUUAUUUAGCAACAAAUAUUUUAUUUAGAGAAAUUAUUUUCAAAAGACUUUCUCCAAUGGUUUGCUUCAACUUGUUACGAAGUGCUGGAUUCACAAACUCGGCUUUCGAAUACCAGUCAUUUUAAUAAAAAGGUCCUCAGGGAACAAACCUGUUCCCUCCCUGAGGGGCCACACAAUAGGGGUUUUGUUUUGUCUGUGUGCAGCUAAACAUCAGUUUCGGUUAUAUACAGACGAGCUUAAUUGACUGUUAAUGCUUAAAAUGUAUUUGUAUUACAUGGGAUUGUUGGCUGACACAAGUUAACAUUAUAUAGCCUAGCCGUUCUUAAAUUAUCAACCAGACAUCCGCAGAGCACCGACUUCCUCCAAGGGAAAACACCUCAAGCUAAUAGCACCUCACGUGACCCAGGCAGGAUUGUGGGCGGAGUCUGGGAGCGAAACAGGAACAGUUUAGACUCCCCCUGGACGAGAGAAGGCGAAAGCAAAAUUUGACUGGGCAUAGGCGGUCGAUUCACUGUAGGCAUGGGAUACAAAACAAGAAAUGUCGCAGCUACCAUGGUUGCGAAGACUAUGCCUCUGUCCGUCCUUGUGAGCCUUUUGGUUUGUCUCUGUGUUACUAGUCAUGCUGAGGAUAGUGGCAUGGAUAACAUUGUCACUGAGAAGAAGGCUGAGGAAAGCCAUCGCCAGGACAGUGCCGACCUGCUUAUAUUCAUAAUGCUUCUCACCCUCACCAUUCUGACUAUAUGGCUCUUUAAACAUCGCCGAUUUCGGUUUUUACACGAAACUGGAUUAGCUAUGAUUUACGGUCUGUUAGUGGGUGUGGUACUUCGCUAUGGGAUCCAUGUGCCAAGGGACAUCAAUAAUGUGACCCUGAGCUGCCACGUAAAUGCCAGCCCAGCCACACUUCUGGUCAAUGUCAGUGGAAAGUUCUACGAGUAUACGCUCAAGGGCGAAAUCAACCCCAAUGAGGCCAAUGAGGUGCAGGACAAUGAAAUGCUCAGGAAGGUGACCUUUGAUCCUGAAGUUUUCUUUAACAUUUUGCUUCCACCAAUCAUCUUUCAUGCAGGCUACAGCUUAAAGCGGAGACACUUCUUUAGAAACAUGGGGUCCAUCCUUGCCUAUGCCUUUGUGGGGACAGUCAUAUCAUGCUUUGUCAUUGGGCUGGUGAUGUACGGCUGUGUGAUGCUGAUGAAGCAGGUGGGCCAGCUGGGUGGAGACUUCUUCUUUACCGACUGCCUGCUCUUCGGAGCCAUCGUCUCGGCCACUGACCCUGUAACGGUCCUGGCCAUAUUUAACGAGCUGAGGGUGGAUGUGGACCUCUACGCUUUGCUCUUUGGAGAGAGUGUGCUGAAUGAUGCUGUCGCCAUCAUCCUGUCCUCGUCUAUCGUAGCAUACCAGCCCACGGGGGACAACAGUCACACGUUCGAGGGCACCGCCAUGCUCAAGUCUUUCGGCGUGUUCCUGGGUGUGUUCAGCGGCUCCUUCGCCCUCGGUGUGGCGACUGGACUCAUGACCGCCUUGAUAUCCAAAUUCACCAGGUUGCGGGACUUCCCUCUGCUGGAGACGGCGCUCUUCUUCCUCAUGUCCUGGAGCACCUUCCUGCUGGCCGAAGCCUGUGGGUUCACAGGCGUGGUUGCUGUGCUCUUCUGUGGGAUCACCCAGGCUCACUACACCUUCAACAACCUGUCUCCGGAGUCCCAGGAUCGGACAAAACAGUUGUUUGAGGUCCUGAAUUUCCUGGCGGAGAAUUUCAUCUUCUCCUACAUGGGCCUGACCCUCUUCUCCUUCCAGGCCCACGUCUUCAACCCCAUGUUUAUAAUCGGAGCAUUUCUGGCCGUGUUCCUGGGCAGAGCGGCGAACAUCUACCCCCUGUCCCUCCUGCUCAACCUGGGCCGCCGCCACAAGAUCGGCUCCAACUUCCAGCACGUGAUGAUGUUUGCAGGGCUCCGUGGUGCCAUGACCUUUGCCCUGUCGAUCCGGGACACAGCCACGUACGCCCGGAAGAUGAUGUUCUCCACCACGCUGCUCAUCGUCUUCUUCACCGUGUGGAUCUGCGGGGGAGGCACCACCCAGAUGCUGUCCUGCAUGCGCAUCCGUGUGGGAGUGGAUUCGGAUCAAGACAGUUCGAUGACAGCUCUGGAUGGGACAGAGAGGCGGAGCAACAAGCAUGAAAGUGCCUGGCCGUUCAGGCUGUGGUACAACUUUGACCACAACUACCUGAAGCCCAUUCUGACGCACAGCGGGCCCCCCCUCACUGUCACCCUCCCGUCCUGCUGUGGCCCCCUGGCCCGCUGUCUCACCAGCCCCCAGGCCUAUGAGAACGAAGUCCAGCUGCAGGACGACGACUCGGACCUGAUCCUGAACGACGGCGACAUCAGCCUGACGUACGGCGACGUGACCGUGAGCACCGACGCCUCGGGCGCCCUGGGCAACAGCAGGCCGCGCGCGGGCUCCUCCGCCAUGACCUCGGACGAGGCGCUGGACCGCGAGCUGGCCUUCGGCGAGCACGAGCCCGUCAUCCGCGGCACCCGGCUGGUCCUGCCCAUGGACGACUCCGAGCCCCCCCUCCCCCUCCCCCUGCCCCUGCCCCUGCCCCCGCCCCCCUCCAGCCUGUCCCUGCGCCGCCACCGGGAGUGAGCGCUCGCGGCCGCACGAGCAAAGCGAGGGACUCGCGUCUGUUUUGUUGUUUUUUUCUUCGUUUGUUUUUUCUGUUAAAUUAUCGUUUAUCCCGUCUCGGUCAAUCUCCCACGUUCUCUCUUUUCUAACGGCUUUUAGAAGCAGUUUAGUUGUUUCCCCCCCUCCCCCCCUCCUUUCUACCUCACAGGUCCCUCCCUCUCUGUGUGAUAGCUCUUUAUUUGUUAUUUUUUCUGGCGUAAAUAUCGUCCGGCCACUCAGCUGUAGUGCCGUCGGCGUGGCGAUAUUCUAAGCGUAACGUGGGAAUAUCGUCAGAGGUGCAGUAUCUAUGAACAUGCAUGCAUGUCUCAAGCAACAAAAAAGCAAGAAUUGUAAUUGAUAGUUUUAUUAUUAGUAUAGCAAGGUGUAAAAUAACUGCUUUUUGGUUCUAAACAUGGUAUGCAUGGUUAAUUGGCCUUUGUUGUAUGCAAGAUAUAAAUUGAGCAGGAUUUAGUCUUAGCCUUCCCUACCCUUUUCUUUUUUUUGUUUUUUUCUCUCCUCUGGAUGUUGUUACUAAGCUGUCAGUUCGCCUUUUGUGUGAGACGGAGUCGACGGAAGCCUGGCGUUCUGGCGGCUCUGUGUGGGUGUGCGGUCAUGACCAAGUGCCUGAUUAACUGUUUCUGCGUGUGAAAUAGCUCCUCCCCUUUUUCGGUCCCAGGCAGUAACCGUAUGUGCUCGCGUUAAAGCCCCUGUGUGGUCGAUCUGGUCGUUUCCCCACGUUCUGCCUUAAUAAGGUCGGGAGUUACUCUGAAAGGGGGACGGUGCAGGAAUUUGUAUUUGUAUUUAUUUAUUUAUUUUGGAUUUUCCUCCAUUUUCUCAAAGGUUGGUGCAUAUUGGUAAAGCAAUUUGGUUUGAAUUUGAGGAUUACAAACUCCAUUUUGGCCCACCCAAGGGGCAUCACUUGCAAUGCAAUGGCACUGAAAAAAUGGUGUGGAAAAAAACAUGAUUCAUCUUAGACAUGAGCAGAAGCAGAAGAUUUGUCUGACCUGGACAUGCCUGUUAUUAGAGUGUUUUAUGUGGAUCGUAGAGGGCAGUCGUGUGUAGUAACUGUGUCUUAGGGCUCUUAGACUUGCCGGGAACAUGUUCGUCAGCAUCGAUUUGGUCAAUAUCAAUGGCAAACCACGAUCUCUGUCCUCACAAUCCUCCUCAUAGGUCAUAUAUCAAAUGGAGUUUUAAUAGCUGGGGGAUUGGAAGGAGACUACUUUUUAUUAAAUAGAAAAUAAGAUCACUGCACAGGGUCUUUAAGAAUUUACAGGGGAAUUAUAGAUAAAAUGUAAUGUUAUAGCAUGACUUGACACGUCUGGGAUCUAGCAUUGACCUUUGACUGUGACAUUAUGUCAUUUUCACACUUUUUUUUUUUCACAUUUGUUACGUAACCUGAUGUUCCGCACUGCUGAAAAGGUUCUGGUAUCCACUGCUGAAAAGGUUCUGGUAUCCACUGCUGAAAAGGUUCUGGUAUCCACUGCUGAAAAGUGCUCUGGUAUCCACGCAAGAUCAAAAACAAAUAACUUUUAGUUGCUUCGUUUUUUAAUUUUGAUGCACUUUAUCUUUCAGAGCCUCUACAUCUUUUUAAAACGCUCCACAUUUAAUCUGCUGCACUGGUUUAAAAUGAUUUUAUGGUUUAUGGAUUUUGUUAUGUAUUUGACUCUGCCUGGGGUUUUGGGAAGUGAAAAAAAACUAUUUAAGGAAAACGGGUUGGAAUGAAGAAUUUUAAAAAAAGAGCAACAUGCCGUUUGGAGUGAGGCAACUGUUCCGAGGCUAUUUUUAGUGUCUAAUGGGCUCGAGAAAACAAAGGCUCAAGCCAAACACAAGUUAUUACUUUAAAUGGGCAACGUUCUGCCUAAUCGAUGCAGUUAAUUCCAGUCACGACCGGUUGCAUGUGAAACCUCUGGGCUUCACGAGCAGCUGCGUGGCGGAACUGGACUUCCCUCCCGUUCGGGUGCUUUUGAUCUCGCUCCGUUUGUUUUCCUUCACCUUAACCAUUCGGCACGAGCCGUGUUGCAUUUUUUAAAAAGUUUAUUUGUUUUUUUUGCUUUGCAUCAGCGCACAAGCAGUAUCUGAACUGUGCUUCCGAUCUUGAAUUUGAAACCUUUUGCUUGAAGGAUUCUGGACCGCCGUUACCUUUUGCUUGAAUGAUUCCGGAGUGAUUCGAAGGCCCGGAUCGGACGGCGGUCCUGUGCGGCAGCUCGGCGAGCGAUUCUUUCGCGGUGUUACUGAUGUCGUUUCGAUGACGAUUCGUUUUUUGUGUUUGUUAAUGUAAAUCUUUUCUCCGGGUUCUUUUUCUGCCGUCGGGGCCGGCGUGUUCAGUGUCCUUGCCUGCGCUGUCACACGGCCUGUCCGUUUGAUUUACGUCGGAAGAAGGACAGUGAGGGGAAGUGGUGGAUAAGGCAUUAGAAACAGGAUCGGGGAAAGAAAGAGGAAUGUGAAGAGAGGGAGGGGCAGGACAGAUGUUAGACCCUCUCUCUGAAGUGGGCUCAAUACAGAAAGAGACAUAAAAUUGUUGCAAACUGAGAGGAAGAGGAGUUGGGAAGAGGCUUGUUGCCCUUCACAUUGGCCUCGUUUUUUUCAGCAGCAGUAGAUCAGAGAGGGGUUGAAGCUAAGUCAUUUCUACUUUGCCAGAUGCCGUAGGUACUGAGGUAAUGUAAAUCUUCAUCACCACUGACAGUCGGCAUUUGAGCGCUCAUUGUUUUGCAGCUCCCUUUAUUUGAGGUGGUACUGACUGCGUUUGUCAGUGAGGCCUCACAACAACGUCAGUGACUUGCCUAUUUUUUAGCAUUAAGAAAGGGUACACGUGUGAAUGUUUUAUCGGUGACAGGAAAAUGUAUAUGAUAUGCAGUUUUUGAGUUUUGAAGGAUUUUUUUGUGGGGUGGGAAAAGGGGGGGGGGGAGAUCUUCACUGAUAGAUCUUUUAAGCAUCUCCAGUGCCAGUGCAGCUUAACAGGUGAAGAACAGUAUCUGAUCUGCAGUUUGAAAAUCGUAAGUUUAAGAAAAAAGGGUCAGUUUCCCUAAAAGGCCCGCGUUUCUGCCUGCAGUGUUAGCGGUCCAUUGGUCAGAGGGUGCGACGGAGUUGCCGAGGGGAACAGGAAGGCCGUGAGGGGCCACGCCCGGGUGAGGCGGUGUUGAUGUGGAAGGAAGGAAGGGCGGGGGGGGUACAGCGGGUUGGAUGCAGGCCAUUUUCAAAAGGGGGGGAAGGGGGGGGUGGGGUGGAAUCGAUACCCUUCUUAUCUCCUGCUGUGCAGGAACGGGGGAAGUUGCUUUUCAAGAAGCGGGUAUCUCGACCCCACACUGUCAAGGAAGUCUUUCUGUUUUUCUUUUUUUUUUUCUUCUUCUCCUUCAUGUUUGCGGGAAGGCCUGUGGAAGUGGGAAGGGGGUUUAAGAUGUGAAGAUGUUUGCACAGUUAUUUACUGUAAUUGUUUUUUGGUUUUGUUUUUGCUUGGAUUUCUUUUUCUGUUUUUUUUAUGCGGCCGUUUAAGUGAUCUGUGUUGGAAGUUGCUGCCUGGAACCUCCUGAGAUUUCGCCUCACUGUGUCAGACGCUGAAUCGGGACCCUGUGUGAGAAACCGAGACUGGGAGAUAAGGGCCGGGCUUGGUUCCUAACGGCAGGGUUAUAAAUGCUCAUCGGUUCUGGAAAAGGCCAGCAGUGCCCCUGCGACCCAAUCCCUCUUCCUUAAGGAUGCAGUAAAAGCCCGUCUCUCUCAGAGCUGGGUGGCGUAUUGUAUUGGAAAGGCUGGGGCCGGGUCCAGAUGUAUUAUUAUACGAGCGCCGCGGGACCGUGUCAGUAUAAAAGCCCCGUGGUCACCGCCUGAGGGCUGAAGGAGACCAUAUUAAAGCAACACCAGUCCCCUUCGCUCCUCUUCCUCGGCUCAGCGUCCAGCCCGGACGGUUGCAUGUGCGAUGAGUGUACUAGCUGAGGGCACGCCAGCCUUGGCCGUUCCCCCGCUCCGAUGCGUUUAGAAUGCGUGCGCAUUUCAUCGAGGGGCAAAAAAAAGUCUAAAUGACGAUUUUAGCAGGUCAGUUUCACAGCAGCUUCACAACCAAAAAAAAAAUAAAAAUAACAAAAAGAAGGUGAACGUUUUGAGUGUUUUUAAAUGUCGUUUUGAUACGUCACAAGUAAUUGGCUUUCUGCAUUUAAAUAUAGGAGCUGUGGAAACUAGGCAAAUUAAAAAAAAAAAAAAAAAAAACAUGUCGAGUGUGUUUUCAGGACGAUGUGCAAACGUAUUUUCUGGUGUUUUAACUGUGCGGGCGUCGGACUUUGGGGUCUGGCGUCCCUGUGCGUUCAGUGUGUCCUGUCUCCCUGACUGUUUACAUCGUUGUAAAUGCCCUCCUCGCCUGUCCAUGUGCGUGGAAUGAUCAAUAAACUCAAACGUGUGCGUUUGUUUAAGAAAACAAAAA